GACAAGCACAUGUUAUCCUUUCCCUCCAUUCUCGAAAGACUCCACUUUCCCUUUUCUCACUUCCUCUCCAGCACUCAGCAAAAAUUUGUUACGGAUAGAAAUAGUACACUACACAAAGCACGUUAUCUGAAUCUCUUUGAUAAAUGGAAAUGAUGUUGGAGGAGGAGGUGAUUGUGGGAUCGAAUUCAGACUCAACUACUCCUGUUUCUCAUCUCAAUUAUUAUUCUCCCAACUCUAUUGCUAGUCCUGGUGGCAGAAAUUCAAGCACUCGACCACAACCACAACCACAAUCACAAUCGAAUCGGUGGCUGUUUGUUACAGAGGAGGAGGAGAAGAAGGAUAAUCAUAAGCGUAGUUGCUUCCACUGUCAUAAACAAGGUCACUGGAUAAAGGAUUGCCCCAUGAAGAGUCCAAAGACUCCAUCUUCAUCUCAAUCUCCAUCCCUAUUAUCACCAUCGUCAUCACCUAUUGGAGGCCAUGGUGUACCCAAUCUCAUUUGCCCUUGUGGUACCGGAACUUGCUCCGUCCGCCGCUCUAAGACAACCAGAAUCCCGAUCGCCUCUUCUAUUGUUGCCCCAUCCCGGAUAAAAGUUGUAAUUUCUUCGUGUGGUGCGACGAAGUGUGGAAUGAUAAGAUCACCGUUCCUGUGUGCCGCUAUUUCGCCGGAUCCUGUAGUAUUUACAAGGAACCCACUUUCACUAGGUCAAAUGUGGGUCGCUAUUUCUUUGUCUGCCCCAUUAAGAAGAGUAACACUGCCCAUUGCAAUUACUUCAAGUUCGUGGAUGAAGAUGAUGAAGACGUUACGUCCACAAUCCGUUCCAACACUAGAGCUUGCGAUACUAUAACAGUGGAAGACUUUAAUGAUCUAAGGACGAGGCUUCAUGACAUGGAAGAUGAAAAUGAUGACUAUGGUCGAAGGCUUGAAAGGAUGGAAAAUAAUUUGAAAGCAAUGAUGUAUUUUAUUAUAUUUUCUAUCAUUUUAUACUUUAUGAUGUAACUUAUUGAUUGGUUGGCUUUGGAAAAAUGUUACGAAUGUUAAUGUUAUUAUGGAUUUUGUGAAACUGAACGGAUGUAUUGUUGGCGUUUGUAGCAUUUUUCCUUUAUGUUUAUGGAAUGAAUUUUAAAGUUUCUA